AUGUCAUCCGAUAGUUCUUUUACUGCUUUGGUUUAUGAUUAUGCAGGGCUUUGUCCCACUUUAAAUUUGUUGGGUACCACUAUUGAAUGCAAUAUGUCUGGUAAAACAGUCAGAACGGGCAUAUCUGUGGAGGAUCCUUCUGUGAGUCAUUGUGCUGACCAUAACUCUGUUGGACAUUUCUCUGUUGACAGAGAGAGCAAAAAGGAUGUCACAGAAGCGAGUUAUCAUUUGUCUUUACUCCUUGUAUUUGCAGGCUGUGGUGAGCACCUUGUUAGGACCAUCCUUGCCAGGGAGUGUUCCCUUGCACUGCAGGCUGAAGAUGCACAUCAAGCUUUGCUAGAGUCUAUGCAAAACAAAUUUAUUGGCUCCCCAUUCCUGGCUAAUGAAGACAGCAUCCUAGGUGGCGUAAUUGUGCUUCGAUCAUGCAGGUGUUCCUCAAAGAUAGACUCCACAGGAGAUAAACAGGCUCUACUGGUGGAGUUCCUGUGGAGUCAUACAACAGAGAGCAUGUGUGUGGGAUAUAUGUCUGCUCAGGAUGGCAAAGCUAAGACACACAUUUCUCGGCUUCCUCCAGGCGCAGUCGCUGGCCAGUCUGUAGCUAUUGAAGGUGGAGUAUGCAGGCUGGAAAGCUCUCUCGGCUGAACUACAUGCUUCCCUGGCUGAAGAUUCCACCCAAAAAAAUUUAGUUGGGGGUGGUGAAUGCAACUAGCUCACAUCCAUGGCCCUGCUCACAUGAUGCACCUUUUUGGAUAAACUGCACUGUGCAUAUUCUCUUCCUCCUCUCCUGCUGUCUGUGCUU